GAUUAUGAGCAUAAUAGUAAAUUACUUUGUAUUGUGCAGAACGUGGCAAGAGAACAUUAGUGCAAAUAUCUAAAAACGCCAAAAUAAUGUACAAAUUUAGUGCUAAGUAGAACGUGGCAGAGUAAAGUACCAUUUUUUUAAUUCUCGUGUGAUCAGAAAUGGCUCCUCCAAAUGUUUUAGUGACAGGAGGCGCAGGAUAUAUAGGUUCCCAUACGAUUUUGGAAAUGCUGAAUGCUGGUUAUAAUGUGAUAUGCAUAGACAAUUUGAGUAAUGCAUAUAGCUCAGGAUCGUCCAAGCUUCCUGAAUCUUUGAAUAGAGUUCAAAAGUUAACAGGAAAGACCUUAAAUUACUACUGCAUCGAUAUUACUGAUAGAGACCAAGUUCGUGCGGUAUUUCAAGAGCAUAAAAUCGAUAUGGUCGCUCAUUUUGCAGCCCUUAAAGCUGUUGGAGAAUCUUGCCGGAUACCGCUUCAAUACUAUCAUAAUAACAUGACUGGCACCAAUGUUCUUUUGGAAGCAAUGGCUGAUAACAAUGUUUUUAAAUUUGUGUAUAGUUCCAGUGCCACUGUAUAUGGCGAGCCCAAAUUCUUGCCUGUUACUGAAGAACAUCCGACUGGCAAUUGCACUAGUCCUUAUGGUAAAACGAAAUAUUUUACGGAAGAAAUAUUGAAAGAUCUUUGUAAAUCUGAUAAGCGCUGGGCAGUUGUUUCAUUACGCUACUUUAACCCGGUGGGUGCACAUCCUAGUGGUUGCAUAGGUGAGGAUCCUAAUGGAGAGCCCAACAACUUAAUGCCAUUUAUUGCUCAAGUGGCUGUAGGCCGUCGAGAUGUUUUGAGAAUUUACGGAUCUGAUUUCCCUACGAAGGAUGGUACCGGAGUUCGCGAUUAUAUACAUAUUGUAGAUCUUGCAGAGGGUCACUUGAGGGCUUUGGAGAAGCUUCGAAAUGUAGCCGAGACUGGAUUCUUUGCAUAUAAUCUUGGUACCGGUGUUGGAUAUUCAGUUUUGGAAAUGGUACAUGCUUUUGAGAAGGCUAGUAAUCGUAAAGUCAAUUAUGAAUUUACUGAUCGACGCUCUGGCGAUGUCGCAACAUGUUUCGCCGAUGGAUCACUCGCGGAAACUUCUCUUGGAUGGAAAGCUAAGCGCGGAAUUAAUGAAAUGUGUGAAGAUACUUGGCGUUGGCAAAGCAACAAUCCUAAUGGUUAUGCACCAAAAUAGUUCAAAUAUACAUACAUAUAUGUUAAUCAGCAAUUUUAGUUUAUAGAAGCAUAUAUCUGGCGCAUUUUGCCAUGCGUCAAAAAGUAAAAUAUUAAUUGUAUUUCGGAACAGAAAUAAUUUAAAAAA